CUCGUGGGGCAAGCAGUACUCGUACGCCCUCUUCAAGGCCAUGAGCCACAUGCUGUGCAUCGGCUACGGCGCCCGGGCGCCCGUCAGCAUGUCGGACCUGUGGAUCACCAUGCUCAGCAUGAUCGUGGGCGCCACCUGCUAUGCCAUGUUCGUGGGCCACGCCACCGCCCUCAUCCAGUCGCUGGACUCCUCGCGCCGGCAGUACCAGGAGAAGUACAAACAAGUGGAGCAGUACAUGUCCUUCCACAAGCUUCCUGCGGACAUGCGCCAGAAGAUCCACGACUACUACGAGCAUCGGUACCAGGGCAAGAUCUUCGACGAGGACAACAUCCUCAGUGAACUCAAUGACCCGCUCAAAGAGGAAAUCGUCAACUUCAACUGCCGUAAGCUGGUGGCCACCAUGCCUCUGUUCGCCAACGCCGACCCCAACUUCGUGACGGGCAUGCUGAGCAAGCUGAAGUUUGAGGUCUUCCAGCCCAACGACUACAUCAUCCGCGAGGGCACGGUGGGCAAGAAGAUGUACUUCAUCCAACACGGCGUGGCCAGCGUCAUCACCAAGUUCAACAAGGAGAUGAAGCUUACAGACGGCUCCUACUUCGGGGAGAUCUGCCUGCUGACUAAGGGCCGGCGGACGGCGAGUGUCCGUGCCGACACCUACUGCCGCCUCUUCUCUCUGUCCGUGGACCACUUCAACGAGGUGCUGGAGGAGUACCCCAUGAUGCGCCGCGCCUUCGAGACGGUCGCCAUUGACCGACUGGACCGCAUUGGGAAGAAGAACUCACUGCUGCUGCAGAAGUUCCAGAAGGACCUGAACGCCGGCGUGUUCAACACGCAGGAGAACGAGAUAUUGAAGCAGAUAAUCCGGCAGGACAGGGAGAUGGUGAUGAUGGUGGACCGCAAGCACUCGGUCAGCGGGAUGAACUCCACCCCAAUGUCUGGAAACUCCAUCAUUAACUCCCCCGCGCAGCCGCCCUACUCCACCUCCAUAGGCACCAAUCAGCUCCAGCAGUCCGCCUUCCCCCUGACCUACAGCGCCUCCGCUAUCGCCAACGCCUCCGCCGCACGCAUCCUGCCGGCCGCCGCCGCCGCCCAGGGGGUCUUCAUGGCCCCCGGGGUCUCCUUCGGCAACAUGAGCGCAGCCGGCUCCUCCACCUCCAUCUCCCCGGUCGUGGUCAACCUCCCCUCCCUGCAGCAGCAGCAGGGCGCCAUCAUGUCGCCGUGCUCCUUCACCGCUGCCAUGUGCAGCCCACCCGUGCAGACCCCUCUGGCUGGCCGGAGCUUCCAGUACCGCUCGCCCACCGCCUCCCAGCUGUCCCUCAUCCAGCAGAGCCUGCCCCCGGCCCAGCAGCAGCAGCAGCAGCAGCAGCCCCUUCCCCCCCCACAGCAGCAGCAGAUGGCCCAGCCACCAGCGCUGUCGAGCCCUGCCUCCGCCGCCUCCUCCUCCUCCACGCAGCAGUCCCCCGGGCAGCAGCAGCAGCAGCUCCUCUCCUCGCCCCAGAGGGGGGAGCACGUCCUCAAGGGCUCGCCGGCGCUGCAGUCGGUCAGCCUGAGUCGAGACGUGCGCCACCUGUCGGCCUCCCAGCCCUCCCUGCCCCACGACGCCACCCCGAGCCCUAGGGGCCACGCCCCGCCCGGGGACUCCCUGGCGUCCAUAGCGCCCCCGGCGGCGGCGGCGGCGGCGGUGGCGGCGGCGGCGGGAUCAGGGAUCCAGGCGAUCCAGGGGAUCCAGGGGAUCCAGGCGAUCCAGGGGAUCCAGGGGAUGGCUCUGCAGGGGGGCCUGCGCACCACGGUACCCCAGCGGGUCAACUUGUUCCGCCAGAUGUCGUCGGGGGCGCUGCCGCCCGUGCGCUCCGCGGUGGGGGCGGCGUCGGUGGGCGCGGGGCUGGGGGUCCCGGGGGCGGCCGGCGGCGUGCAGCACAGGGAGUCGCCGGGGUCGAGGAGGGAUUCUGUCCUGAGCAGUGCAGAGACCGAGCAGGACAAAAUGCGUUUUUCAUCCAAUUUAUGAUUCGAUUUUGAGGGUUUUUUUCUGGGGUCCUUUUUUCCUUCUUCUUCUUCUCGAACCUGUGUUGCAAUUCACUCUUCUUUUUUUUAAAACACGGAAAUACGCAAAAGAAGAUGUACAUGAGAGACUUUCAGUAUUUUCGGUUUUCCCACUUUCCCCUUGAAAAGAUAACCUCAUAGACACCCUGUACAGACAGCCCUUGUAUUAUAGUUUAGACACACUGUCUCCCUAAACAUAAGAAUGUAUAUUACACAAAUAUAUAGAUAUAUCUAUAUUUAUCUAUUUAUCUAUCUAUAUAUGUAUAGAUAUAUCUAUAUUCAUCGAUAUAUCUAUCUAUAUGACUAAAUGUAGAUAGAUAUAAAGAUAUCUGCUAUGAUAACAUAAAUGUGUGUGUGUAAAUCCAACUAGAAUAUUUGGCAAUGGCUAUUUAAAAGCUCUAGUAUAAACAUGAGUCUUCCUUUCCGAGAAUUAUAAAGAAACAUGAAAUGUUAUUGAUUUUUGUUUUGUUUCGCUGUUUGUUUCCCUUAUUUUUAAGUUAACUUUUGUUAACUUAAAAAUAUUGUUUGUUUAGUUAACUGAAUGCAUUGUAGUUUCUGAUGCAAUCUGUAUGAUUUCAGUUUCCUUUUGUACUGAAGAUAUUGGUGAAAAUGAGCAGCUUUGGCACCACUGUGGAUAAUAAGUCAAAAAUACUUUGGGUGGGGGAAAAUACUGUCAAAAGCACACAUUACAGUUUUAUCUCUUCACGUUUCUGAAAAGAAUAACAUAAUUUUUCAGAAAUAAUUCAAGAUACAGUAGCUGAGUUUUAUGUUGCGUUCCGGCAGCAGAAAUACAGCCUACCAAGCUACUAAAUUGUCACAUUAAGUGAAAUACAGACCAUGACAGUGUUAUGGGUCCAAAGGUCAUAGAAUAAUAGAAAUGCUGCUUUAUUCGUUUCUCGUAGAUGAUGAUGAUGAUGAUGGAGAAAGAGAAGGAUAUGGAUGGAUGCUAUUUUUUGUAUUCCUAAUUUCAGACUGCUGAGAUAUAGGUUAUGUAAUGUUGCUUAAAAUCUCUCUGUGUACAUUUAUAAUAUUUAUAAACUAAAGAUUAUUACCAUUAUGCAAUAGACUGUGAUAUAACAAACAAAAAAAAACCUAUAUGUGUGUUGUAAAUAAUUUUGUAGGUCUAGUAUUUACAGAUACUGUGUGGUGCAUUCUCAAUCAUAACAAUGUCUUACUACUAUCAGGAAACUGGACAUUAUCUUUAGGAGGGAGACAGAGGGUGAAUGGACAGCGUACACGUUUCAUUUGAGAUGGACAAACCUUAAUGCAAUAGCUAGCAAUACAACACUGAUGCCUGCUGGGGGAGGGGACAUUUCAAUCUUUCUUUACGGAAUACAUGAUGAAUGUCCUGGUGCAGUAAAAUCAAUUAGACGGCCAUUGUUAAAAUAUCAUUUGAUGAGUUAAUCUUUUCAAAGAAAAGGUAUUUUUAUUUUCAGAUGCUUCUUUUCUCAGAGCCAUUUAAAAAAAAAAUGUUGCAUUCUAUAUUUUUUUAUUUAAGAAUAUUACGCGAAAGGGAGUGGCAGAGGCAAGGAACUUUAUUCCUACUUAUUUGUGAUUCAGUACCCCAAUGUCUCUUGAGUAUUCCCUGUAUUGUGACCUGUCACAGCGCCUCAAGUUCUCCACACGCUAGCGAUUUUCACCCUCUCCUUUUACGUUUUUGAAGAAGUCGGGUUACUGUCUACGUUUUCGCAAGGCGUGCAGGGCACACAUUUUUUAAAAAAAUGUGAUUUUUAACAAUGUGAUUGUCGAAGCAAACUGGAAAAAAAACAAGACAAUGCUGUUUUGCAUUAAGGUUUAUGUCUCAUGUAACUCUCCAAAACGCGGGCUUAGAUACUUUAAACUGAUGUGAAUUCAUAUCAACUCAUGAAGAAACCUGAGAUUCUGUAAGACAGAGAAGCAUAGCGUAUUUAUAGUCGGAUGAAUCAGUUUCACUGCUAUAUCAAGCUUGGGCAGAAAUAGCGGUAGAUUUGUUCCAAGUUUUUAACAUAAUAAGAGGUAAGAUAUUUACAGUAUAAAUCUGUGACUGCCAUUUUUUAAAUAACUUUAUCAUGACUAAUUACAUCUUUAUCUAUAACUUUAUAUAUAUAUAUAUAUAUAUAUAUAUAUAUAUAUAUAUAUAUAUAUAUAUAUAUAUAUAUAUAUAUAUAUAUAUAUAUAUAUAUAUAUAUAUAUAGAAUGUCUGCUCAACUCUUUGUCAUGAGUAUCUUAAACUAGGUUUUAUGACUGUUUUCAUUUAACAAUUUAUAUUUAGAGCCAUAAAUGAGUGCAAAUAACCAACCAUCCAAUCAGUUUAAAGUGACUAAGCCCUGAGAAACUGUUUUUAAAAGACUACAGGUUAGGCUCUGCAAAAUUUGUGUCAAUAUUAUACCAACACACAGUCAGCUCACCAAUGUCAUGAAAGCAUGCACAUUCAGAAAUACCUACAAAAAAAAGAUACUAUUUCAAAAAGAUGUUGACGUUAAAUGUAUUGUGAGAUUAUGUUUUGUUCACUGUUCGUCCGUUAUUCGUGUGCAAGCAGAAACAUCAAAAACUAUCACACGGACAUUCUUAAGUAUUUGUGCCUAAACUAUAGCCAUGUUCAAUCCUCUUUUUCUUUUUUUUCCAUCCGUGAGUGUGUGUGAGCCAGGUGCAAGACAAACACGCCCCUGCUGGUAUACUCUUUGUGUUCUGUGUGUGCGUCUUCACAUGUUUAGCGAAGAAGGCAUUAGCGAGGAGAGAAUGGCCAAAUGUCUCAGUUCGUCCAAUUGGAAUCUUGAAUUACAAUGUGAAUUUCUAGGUAGGCCUACAGCUUGUUUGUUAGGUUAUUUCUUUCCUUUAAUUCGUUUUCUCCCUCUUAUCAUUCUCAUCUAGGCUCUAUAUUAUACUCAAUGAGGUUAUGUACAGUUAAAAAAAGAAAAGAAAAAAAAAGGUGAAAUCUUUCUAGUUCUGCGGUUAUAUCACGCCGAUUGAGACAUUCUAGGACUCUGGAGCACCUUUCUUUCUAGUUCGUCACUGAUGAUUGGCUGGUGUAUUUAACAAGCCAACGGAUGAUUGGCUUGUGUAUUUUAACGCUUGAGUGGGAUAAAACUGGCCAAAGCAAAACAUUCUAAGUACUUUUAUUUCAUUUUUUAUUUUUUAUUUUGAAUUGCACUUUCUAAUGAACUCAAAAGAUGACGAUUAUUUCAAACUUAAGCUUGGGUGUUGGUAUAAGUAGGCAAGUCACGAAAAGAGAGAGAAAGAGACAGACAGAGAGAAAGAGAGAGAGGCAUCCCCUUUGAAUUGUGCUGCCUUGAUACUAUAUAAGGUUCACAACGUGUGGAGGAGGCUUUAUUUAAAACAGAGCGCUUAAUCCUUAAUAUGCCAUAGUGUAUAGGAACUAGUGCACCAUAGAGAUGGAUAUCAGCACUGUUGGUUUGUGCUGUGUUUUGAUAUUUGCCUUCGAAGGGAGAGCUUCCCAACUACGUGCUUUUUUUUCAUAAACGCAAACAACAAACUAGCAUCCUGGAACGGGCAUUACGAUGACGAACAAACGCGCACCGAAAAACAGACUAAUAAGAAACACAUUUGCAGUAUAUGGACUCUCAACCAACCAGCACAUAUAUUUGUACAUUUCUUUUGUUUUUUUGGUGUUUUGUUGAUCGAAAAGAAAAAAAAAGAGAUGCAAAAAGAACUGGGAAUAAUGCCAGAGGAAGGAGAACCAAAAUGUGUAUUUUGGUCUUUUCCAUUGCAGCAGUUGCGUUUUUUUUCGUGUUUAUGGAUGACAUGCCCAGUGAAGAGAGAGACGGAAGCUGUAACGAGCUACCUUUUUACCCCGCCUCCCCAGCCUCAGCCCCGCCCACUAACAGUCAUUGUGCUUAUUCAUGUUCUCCAAUGCUUAGCGACAAAAACAAACGAUCGGUUGGUUACUUGACACGGACGAGAAGAAAGGUAAAUGUAAACUUUCUUACAAACAAUAUGCAGACAAACGGUGUUUGUCAAAAACUUUAGAUUUUUUUGUUUUUAUUUUGUUUGUUUGUAAAUAAUAAACCUUUAAAAAUAUAGAAAAUAAACGACAUAUUGUCAUUUA